AUGGCUUCUCAGGCGGCAGCAAAGGUCGCUGGCGGCGUCGUUUCCAUCACAAAGAAACAAACGCUCCAGUCCACCGGCAUCUGGGAGACGAUCCGCAAGGCCUUCUCCCUCGACCCGAACCGCUCCAACGGCGUCCCCCUGAACCCCUACUUCCGCAACCCGACCCCCGGCGCCCUGGACCCCCAGACGUACGACGACCCCGUCACGCUGCCCGCGGGCGACAUCGCCGACAACCCCUACUGGAAGCGCGACGUCCGCCGGGCGUACCCGAAGCUCAGCGUCGUGACGCAGGGCGACGCCGUGUCGCUGCUGACGGUGGGCAGCGCCGCGCAGCCCAAGGUCGAGCUGAUUGGCGAGGCGGGCGACAAGGCCCUCGUGGCGGCGAAGCAGGAGGGCGAGUCGACGGGGCUGGCCAAGUUCCUGGAGAAGGCGCCCAAGGACGUCGCCAAGGAUGUUUUCGUGAACGGGCUGCCACCGGUGCCGAGCGGACAGAACUUGAAGGCUGGGGGGUGGGAUGUGCACGGCUACGAGCUCAAUGAGGAGCAGACGUACGGGGUUGGGUGA